ACUCCUGCAUUACAGCGACUCGCGCGCCUAGAUCCUCAUCCGCAACCCAACCGCUAUGGCGAUCCAGCAACCUGCUACGGUAAUCGCCGUGCCUCCCACCACUACGGUGGUCCAUGCGCAGAAUGGGUGCAGCUGCACCGUCCCCCCAAAUGUCAGCGGACACGUGCGCGGGUCGAGGGGGGCCACCAUCGCCACCAUCGUCGUUCAUGCGAUCGCCCUUCUAGCGUUCGGCUGGAUUUUGUGGGGCAUUUGGCUGGCGAGUCUGAUCAGCUUCAUCAUGGGAGGAAUCCUCCUGUGCCAGUUCAACAAGUGCACAUACAUCGUCGCUGGCUCCCUGUUCAUCCUCGGGUGCAUCUUCGACCUGGUCUCGAUGGCAGCUUGGAUCGCCUAUGCAACAUCAGACAACUACUACUACAACGGCUCCGAGCUCUCCAGCGCCGUCGGGUGGUUCGCUCUGCCCGCUGCGCUCGGCGCCUUGUCCUUCAUCGUCGCGAUCGUGUUCAUCUUCCUUGCUAUAUGCAACUGGGAGAAGAGCGGCGCCCCAGACGCGAUGGGCCCGCCCAUGCCCGGAGGUGCCCAAGUCAUGGCACCAAACCACGGCGUCCAGAUGAAGCACCACGCGCCUCAGGCUCAGCCUCAGUAUGUUGGCCACGCCCAGGCACCACCUCCGUACAGCGGAAACGUGUGAUCGGGCAAAUUUGUACACGUCGGCCUGCCAGAGUCCGAGGACAUCGACUCCGGUCACGAUGUAUGCGCGAC